CCAAGCAGUCAGACUCCCGCUGUGGGUCUUGUGUAAGACGUAUUUUCCACUCCAAGGGGUGGAGAAUUUUGGGCUGAAAAUAAUCAUGGACAUUUGGGUUCUGAUGCAGCCAGAAAACAACCGCUCUCGAGGCAUCAAGUUACAGCUUCAUCCGUAGGUUCACCCAGCAGAGUCUGGGGGGCUACUUUGGACUGAAGAGUUACGCUAAAAAAACAGAGGACCGUGAGUUGGAGGGCAAACUCUCCAUGGUGGAGAAAUACAACAGCCGCAUCCCUGAGCUGGUGGAACGCCUCUACGGCUGCACAGAGAGAGAGGCCCAACACGCAGAUUUUAUCCUGGGGACAGUCCAUAAGUCAAAGGGUCUGGAGUUUGACACGGUGGUGAUCACUGAUGACUUUGCUAAGGUCCCCUGUGCCGCCCACAACUUACCCAGACUUUCCAGCUGCUCAGGAGGUGACGUCCCAGACGAUGAGUGGAACCUGCUGUAUGUGGCGGUGACUCGGGCCAAGAGCUCUCUGGUCAUCACCAAGAACAUCACCAACAUCCUCACACUGGCUGGGGAGUACUUCCUGAGGACAGAGUUGACCAGCACCCUGCUGACUGAGGGACAGCCCCCAUGCUGCUCCGUGCGGGAGUGUCAUAACCACAUCAUGCCUGUCUGGCCCCUUCCCAUGUGCAAGCUGCCACUCCAAUACGUAAGGCCCCACCUCCUCCUCCCUACCACCAUACCACAUUCUGAUUUGCAAUGUCUCUCAACCAGACCUGAUCAUUUCAGACAGGUGUGGGUGCAGAAGUUCUAAAAGAAUGGCCCACAUUCCACCAACAGCUAA